UUGUGGCUUGUGGGGGAAAAGUUUCAUCUUGUAGGAUAUUUAUGGGACGCUGCAAGGGCAUGGUGUGUGUUUGUGUGUCAGAUUGUUUGUGUAAAUAGUGUUUUUUUCCCUCCCCUACAAACCCUUGUCAGAGGCACAGCGGCUUGAUGUGACACUUCCUCCCUGGCUUUGGUGAUGAUAUGGCUGCAGGAUGAGAGAAAGAAAGUGGUGGGCUGAGAUUCAGCUGCCCUCAGGGACUUUUGCAAGCGAGAAUCCUGAGUGUUGAUGACAAAAUAGAUUGACAUUUGCUUUUGACAUAUCACUCAGACACCCUUGUUUCUGAAAGAUUUGUACUGUGUGAGCUGUAAGAAAGGAAGCCUGCUUUAGGCUAAGAUGUUCCUUGCAAUGCUCUCUGGUGCAUGACAUUCAAGAGAUAUAUUUUCUCUCUCUCUCUCUCUCUCUCUCUCUCUCUCUCUCUCUCUAUCCAUCUGUCUGCAACAGCUCAAAGACAAGAGAUCAUUUUAUUGUACUACAUCAGUAACCUAAUGUUCCUUUUGAUGAGGAAGCAGCUCUAUUUUGUUUCUUUUCUUUGAACCACAUCAGGCCAGAACAUAGUAUCAGGGCUUGGUGAAUAGACUGUGGAUAAAAUGCAUCAGUAAAGCCCCAUGUAAACAGAUCACCCCAGGCCUCUAUCAGUCUCUAAGCAAAAUUUGAUUUUAGAGCCAAACAGCAGAAUGGUGUAAAGCUGCACAUACACAAAAAAUCAUAAAUGUACAUGCAUGCAUUACAUCCUGGAAAAUCCACACAUUUUUCAAAAAAAGUGUAUUUAUAACUGUUAUUGAGUCACGAGGCAGAGCCGGGUACUCCAGUCAUUAUUUCACAGUGCAGCCAGUUGAGCAGUGAGGAGAGGAAACAUCAGGCGAUGCAGUUUUUGUGAGUUCAAGGAUGUUAUACUGUUUUGAAACAGCAGUGCGUGUUCUAUCGAGCAACUGAUUGUUCACAGUAUAGGGCUAACCUGGACCACAGAAAUUCUUCGUACACUAACACUCAUUAUUCACGUGUGCUUAAUUUGAUCAAAAUAUGUAGAGAAGAUCAGUUAAAAGAAACUUGAGAAUGAGAAGAAUGCUCAUUGUACAAAUGACAUGUUGUAUAGUUUGGGUGCUAAUAUCGGAGUGCCAGAGAAACCUGAUAUUGACAAUGAAACAAAUGUACAGUUAAAGAGUUGCUCAUGCUGCUAAAACACACUGAAAGUCUCUGCAGCUUUUUUUAUCUGCCUUUAGAUCAGUGUUUUUGUUUUUUCUGCCCCACUGUCACUGAAACCAUAGGCAGCAAACAAGCUCAGACAAGCCAAGUAUAAGCUUCCUGCCCAGUUCAAGAUGACACACCAGACAUGUAAGUGAGUGCUGGGUCUGGAUGUGUAAGAAGGUCCCAGACAGUGUACAUAGGCUGUCACAUAGUUCAGCCCUUGUACAUGACAGCUGUUAUGCAGAACUCAAUUUGUUGUUUUAUUCAUUGAAACUUAAUCAUCUGUAAUGCUGCUGUAAAUUAUUUCUAGGUAAUUCAUUUUAGGUGUGUGUGUAAAUUCUUAGCUGUGGUGUGUGAUCUAUAUCUAGAUGAAUAGGUUAUUUUUCCAAAUGUACUGUUCUGUGUGGGUUAGUUUUGCAGAAACAUGACUGCAUGGGAUUUCAGUGCGUGCCUCAAAUUGUAUGAUGUGUGUUCUACAUGUUAUUACUUUUUGCUCUGCCUGUGCAACUGUGAGGGGACAGUAUUUUAGGCUCCGACCUGACCCGAGUUAGUGAGCUCCCCAGAGAUGGCCUCAUCAGAUGGCUGAUUAGAUAGACACCCCUGGUUUGACAGGGAUGAUGCUGAACAGUCGCGGCCACCUCUGGGACCCUGGCCUUUGUGUUUAUCUUUGUUAGGGUUGCUGAAAUUUACCACUGACAUUAGAGGCUGCAGAUAAUGGAUCAGGCAAACAAGCCAGAGGCCUGACCCCUUUCAUCUACCAGGAGAACAAGGAGUUAAAAGGACAAAGAGUACGAAAAUAAUGCGCAGAUUAAAGUCAUUACUCACAUUCUGGCCUGUUGUAAAUUACUCAUGUAGGGCUUGCGUGAGUUUACAGCAUUAAUGCAAACCUUGAUUUCAGAUCGCUGGCAGGCUCAAGAACACAGCCUUUCAACAAUCGGUGGAGUGUUUGUUAUUUAGAGACCAUCUAAGCCAGACUGCUGUGACCUGGAGAGUACAUCAUCAAACCACAUGAGGUUCAUGCCGUCCCGGAGGUUCUUGACUCCAGGGUGGUUAUGUGUAAUGUGAUGUGUGUGUGAGGGAUGAAUCGCACCAGUCCAAUGUAAUGGUGAUAAAGUGAUGGUGAUAGUGGGUGACCGUCCUGCUCAGUGCAGGAUGUGUCAGUUAGUUGUUUCCCUUGUUUUGCUAUUGCCCAGUUCCUCUUUUCAAAUAUACAUUUUAACAGCACCCGUGAACUAUUGGAGCAUUUUCAUGUAGUUAAAUUUAAAAUGGUUUCAUGAAAACAGUGUUAGUGUCUCUGAUAUGAAUAGAUAGAAUAUAAAUAGAUUACGCAGACAUUUCUUUAAAAUAUUCCCAGGGGGUUACAUUUCUGCUCCACUGUGCUUAAGUACAGUAGAGCAGACUGUAUAACUGUGUAUAACUGUACACACGGGCCUAACAUGAGUACAGAGUUGUGAGCAGCCUGAAUGAGCUUGUCGUCAGAAGAUUCUGUAAAAGGCCAUGAAAGUGAUGUUUCUGCUUUAUAGAAAGGUCAGGUCCAAUUCACCGACAAAGGAGAUGAGAGAUGGAAGGCAAAUUGGAGUUGGAGAAAUGCAUCCUCACUCUCCCACAACUGAAUCUCCAUCUCUUUCAUGUCUCUUAUGCCCUUCUGUUUUUCAUUGUCACAUUUAAUUCUACAAUGUGAAACAAUAGAAAUAUGUUUCUGUGAAUAUGAGAAUGUAAACAAAGGGAGCUGUUUGUCAGGAAAAGUAAUGUUUUCAGGGUUUUUUGUUUUUCCAGCAAAUGGUUUAGGACAGAUGUCCAACAAAUGUGCUAACUUUUAUUUCUGCCAGCUUGGGGGAUGAAAGCAGUUGGUAGCUUUUUUACAUAAAUUUACUGCCGUCAGACUUUAAGAACACUUUAAAUAGCCUUUGUUUGAAGGCUUCUGUGCCCAAUUAUUAAUCUGUGUAUAGAUUUCUUGCAGCCUUUUAAGUAUGAUUUAAAACAUAAAUGCAUGCAACAUAUACACCAAAGCAAAAUUAUAAUUGGCAGGAACGGGAAAACGUUGCUGCCUAAUAAAUGCCGCCAUCAGUACUGUAAUUUUGUUUUUAUGACUUUUGGACAUUUUUAACCAAAGCUUGUCCAUUGUGUUUAAAACUGUAUACUGUAUUUCUGUCACAAAACCCAUACAAAAUAAAUUCAGUUUUCACAUCUCAAAAAGUUAUUUGUACAAAUCAAACACAUGGAAAUAGGAAACCUGUGUUUCUUGUUAAGAUGACAGAGUAAUAAAUAAUAUCAUGUAAAACAAAUGAAAGUCAUGGAAAUUGGUUCGAUUUGUUGGUAAAUUAAAUCAGUUUAAAAAGUUGUUUUCUUUUUCUCCUAUCACCUGUUGUUAAGCUUAACAUGUCAUUUCAAACACAGGCCCCACAUCCCAGAAUAUACUUUUUUCUGCUUACUCUCUCACAACAAACUAACGGGCUGGGUCUGCUUUAUGAGAGCAGGGAAUAGAAAGAGGACGUUGUGUUUCAACUCUCAAGGAGGUGGCAGUCACUGAAGUUCAUUUAAAUUUCAUAUUUAUUAAAGUUUAUUAAAGUAAUGGCGUGUAUGUGGAUCCAAACAAGCUCAACAUUCUCUCUGUUAGUUCUCAUACGGGGAAGCUUGUCCACAUCAACCACCGUUAGUCAGUCAAGAGUUUAGUGGCAAUGAAUUUAUCGUUUACAGCUGUGACACCGCUGCAUUCUUCCACAGCAGUUGUGUGUAAACUCAGAUACCCUGUGAUGCAUUGUGGUCCAGACAAAGAGGUUUCCCUUUCUGCUUCUCUUCUUCUUCCAUCACAACAUCUCCAUGUCUGCUCGUGGAGAGAAACAGUGUUGUAGAUGUGUCACACGGGAGUGAAGUUACAUGUUCAUGUUGCCUGUUGUAGGGUGUUGAAGUCGGUCUGGUGCAUCCCUGUACUGUAGCGUAGGGGUUAAGACGCCAACCAUGAACCUCAACAUCCGCGGUUUGAGUUCCCUUUGUUGCAUCCCUCUCUUGUGUUUCCUCUCUUUUCCCAACUGUCAGAAAUAUUGUCUUAAAAAUACAAAAAAAAAAAUAUAUAUAUAUAUAUGGGUGACUCAGCUGCAUCUGAUGCACUUUUAGUUUGAUUACAAAAAUUAACAAAGAAAUCAAAAUCCUGAAACCUUUUCACUGAUAGUUAACUUUUAUUGAUCAGCCAUUUAGUAAUUGGUGUUAACAAUGUGAGGCACAUUUGAACAGUGUUAUUUGAACAAGUGCUUUUAAUAAUACUUUUUCAUCAUUAUUUUUUAACUCUUUUUGUUGUACAGCGAUGAAGAAUUUCAGUAAUCCAGACUCACUGUGCAAAGAGGAGGCGUUUCACAACACUGUCAGCUCAUCGUCUGGUUCGAUACAUUAUACUGGACUUAAGGUUCAAUAUUCAACAUUUCUGAUAAAGAACGAAUGGAAAACAAACUGGAAAAAGCAUCUUCAGCCAUGAAGUAAGCAAAGACUGAUUUAUAGGGUCUAUCAUUAUGAUCUUUUAAAUAGUCUCAUAUGUUUUAGUUGAAUAUGCAAAUAAAUAAAUCUAUAAAUUAAGUUAAACUAUAAACAUAAAAAGCGACAAUGAUUAAACAUUUAAGAAACCUUUGUAAGAAACACUUCUAGAUGAGACAUUUAGAAAAACAUCUGAUCACACAAAAAUUCAUAUUGCAAGACUUAUUGAACUUCGAUCAAUUAUUCAUCUUUAAUUGGUUAAUCAGUCUAUUUUUCAAGUUCUUAUUGAAGCUUAAUUUGGCACGUUGGCUGUGUGACAGUUAAGCAGGUAUUAAAUGUAUUCUAUGUGUCAUUAACAAGGUCUUGAAAAGUCUUACAUUUGGGAGGGUGGAGGUCUGAAUUCCCCAUGUAUCCCCCCCUACACACACACACACACACACACACACACACACACUCUCAGAGUCAGCCCUCUUUAAUUAGAACCAAUUUCUUCGAGGAAACAAUCUUCCUGUCUGAUGAGAUCAUCCCUAAAUCCAAUCCUGAGAUGGUGGUGACCUCAGCCUGUGGAUUUGCUCUGUGUUUUUCAACACCCAAACAAAUCCCAAGAAAAGCACCUUGUGAUGACUCGGGUGUCUUGAGAGAGGCUAGUGUGAACAGGUGGGUGGAGCUGAGCCCUCCUCUCCGAGACAAGAGGUCAAAUAUGUCCAUGAAUAAGCUAUAAGCAGUUCCUGUUUGCAAUGCAACCAUGGGUGUACAGAUAGCUAUCUCUGAAUUGCAAAAUAAAAAAUGAUAAUGAUUCUCAGAAGUUCUGGAGUUAUAAGGAGAGUCUUCUUUCCUUUGAUUACUAAGGGGAUUUAUGGAUGCUAAUCUGUGACGGACAUCAGCGAUAGUGACAUCCUCGAAAAGUCCCACUAAAUCUAAAAAUAUGUUCAUCAUGUCUGUGUGUUAGACUGCGUUAUGACUCUGAGAAGGAGUGCCAAUAUUAACGCAAAUUGUGGCAAUCAGGUGCUGGUGGUUUUAAAUUACCUGACCGGCCUCUAUGCGCGUGAGUGUCACAGCCACUGCUGCCGCUCCAGCUGCUGACUGUGUAGGUAAACAGGCCAAAUCAGCGGGCCAAACUACAAUAACUAUGACUUUUUGUUGUUUUCACAGCACCGGCAUGCACCUGUCCCUCUCCCCUCACGCACUAUCUGUGCCUCACAGUCUGAAAAACUCCCGGACUGAGUUUUCUGUGAAUUGUGUUAUGAUUGUUGAUUCGUUCAGUUUCAUUACUUUAAACCUUUUCACUACUCGACAAAGUCCUUCUCACUGUGUCUCCUGCAGAGUCAGUAUUAAAGGAAAUGGGCUGCCAGUGUCCUGAGUCAGCCAGCACUGGAAUGAAAUGUGCGCAUCAUUUCCCAAAUGAAUGCCCAUCUCCUCCUGCUUUCAUGUGUUUUCCUCACAACACAUGGGCUGUUUGUCUGGACUUGUUUUAGGCCCCUUCAAACACUUCUAUCAUGGCCAUUUUCCUUAAAGCAUCAACUUGAAACGGCGCAGGAUAUAAAGCAGUAACCGCAUGUAGAGCCAGUGUUUUGGAUGAGGUUAAAAGAGUCCUAGAGAAGAAAGGGGGAUAAAUAAUGACAGUACUAACAGCAAAGCAUAAUAAAGGUGUAGUUUUCUUAGGGAAGUGGAAGCUUUCAUCUCUCUAUUACAAUAAUGUUCUCAAUGAGUCUAGGUCCAGGCCUGUGUUUAGUCCAGGAAGCUUCGAGUGGCAGACUUGAAAGGCUCCACUCAGACUGUACAGACCUGGCUCUCACUAGAAUAUGGUAUCCUCUCCUCCUCUCCUUUCUUCUCCUCUCCUUUGCUCUCCCCCUCGUCCCCCUCCUCCCACAUGAUAAAGGUAAUGUGGAGCUCUGUGGCUUGCAGUGACAGUAAACCAUGGUAAAAUGGCUGUCGAUGCUCGGCCCCCCGUAAGGCCCCCUGGGUUUAGGAAAUGAAGCAUUAUUUUCAUGUUUCUACGUCACGAGCCAGCCCCCUUUGCAGCUGUUGCAUGCUUUACAACUCUGUUUAGCACAUCUCAGCUAAAGCACUCACUGUGCCAACACACUCAUAUUUCACAUUUCAUAAAUACAGUUUGUUCAUCUUUAUUUUGUCUCUCAUUACCUGGAUUUAUAUUCACGGAUAUUUUUUUUUCAAUACAUGUUGAGCCUUCACUUUCUCUCAUUGUUUCCUACUUUGUGUGUGAGCCAUGUGCGAGAAAAAGGAUCUUACAAAAAGCCAUAUUUUUUACCUCCCUGCCUGUAGACUCGUUUAGUCAUCACAAAAACAAAAGAGAUUAGACACUCUGGAUUAAAAUGUGCGGAAGAUAACACUUAUUUAUGCACUCAUUUGGACGCCUUUUAAUUCCACGUAUUAAUGAAAUCCUGCUUAGAAUUUAAUUAUUUUAGUUCCAGUUUGUUGGGGUUCCCCUGCAGAAAAUCUACAAUUAUAUGCUUGGAAUUAAUUUUUUCCCCUCUUCUUCUUCUUCUUACUAAAUCCGCUCACACAUUUGUUUUCCGUCCCGCCCACUUCCCUUUAUCUUUUCUACACCCACCUCCCCAUCGCCUCCCCUCCCCCCCGUCCUUUUCCUCUUUGCCUCAGCACUUCGAGGCUUAAGAGAGGGAUGUACCACAUGGGCCACUCCCUUCUGACAGCCACCCCUUCCCACAGUGUGGAAUGGCACAGUCCUGCUUUGCAUAAGUUUCCUCUGAGUGGGUCGUGGUUGGAGGCCAGUACUGGAAGAAUUAUUAAACCCUUUUGAACGGCUUGGAUGUAUGUCCAGAGAAACAGCUAGUGUGCUGUUGUAGUGUAUGUGUAUCACUUAAACUGUUAAAGCUAGAAUGUAUUGCGCCUACCCUGUCCCAGGAAUGGGCAGUAACUCUUUAAUGUAUUACUACAACGGAAAAUCGGUGUACGCACCAUCUCCAAACUCAGAAGACUUCAACAGAGAUGCACCUUCCUACUCUUCUCCUAAACCCUCCAGCAGUAUGUUCGCAAACACGUUCUUUGAUGGCACCCACAGUUCGUCUGACCCUUGGAACUCGUCCAAUGGGAUCAGUCAGCCCGGCUACGGAGGAAUGCUCGCCGGAUCUUCAUCUCACAUGCCACAGUCAGGAAACUACGGCAGCCUGCACUCACACGACCGUUUGAAUUACCCCGCACACUCAGUCUCUCCAGACAUCAAUGCCAGUCUUCCUCCUAUGUCCAGCUUCCACCGAAGCAACCCCAGCACUUCGCCAUUCGUCACCGCAGCACACACCACGUCCGUCAAUACAGUCGAUGGGGUCAUGGCUGCUGCAAAUCGGGGGACCACCACUGGAAGCUCACAGACUGGAGAUGCAUUGGGCAAGGCUUUGGCCUCGAUUUACUCUCCUGACCACACUAGCAGUAGUUUUCCAUCCAACCCGUCGACACCUGUGGGUUCUCCUUCACCUCUGACAGCCACAGCAGGUGUCGCCUCAGCAGGCACUGUGGGGACUGCUGCCGGCCCCCCGUCUGGAAGGCCAGGUACCAACCAGUGGUCCCGUGCUGGUGGACAAACACCCUCCUCUCCAAAUUACGAGAACUCUCUUCACUCACUGAAAAACAGAGUUCAUCAGCAGUUACAUGAGCAUCUCCAGGAUGCCAUGUCUUUCUUAAAGGAUGUCUGCGAGUCUCGAAUGGAGGAUCGUCUGGACAGACUGGACGAUGCAAUUCUUGUUCUGAGGAACCAUGCAGUGGGCUCCACCGCCAGUCUGCCCAGCGACAUACACAGUCUGCUGGGACAGCCACAAAAUGGGCCAAUAGCAGCCCUCGGAGCAAACUUCCCUGCUUCUGCAUUGGUUUCAAGUCGGACAGCAGCGAUGGGUGGUGCCCACGCUGACGAUGCCGCCAGUCUGAACAACAGCCAUGGAGGUCUUCCCAGCGCUGGCUCCACAUCCAGCACAGAACUUUUGGAACACCAAUUGGAAACCUUCAGAGGUCUUGCUUCAGCCCUGGCUGGCCACUUGCCUGCUGCUCUGGAGCUGAAGGUGGAGAAACAGGACAAGGAUGACAUGAAUGAUAACCUCUCUAUCGAUGACAAAUCAGAUGAUGAGAGUGACAGAAGAGAUAUGAGGACACCCAGAGCAGGCACACGUACGAGUAUCACUGAGGACGAGGACCUCAAUCCGGAGCAGAAGGCCGAGCGUGAGCGCGAGAGGAGGAUGGCUAACAACGCCCGUGAGCGCCUCAGGGUGCGAGACAUCAACGGGGCCUUCAAGGAGCUGGGCCGCAUGUGCCAGCUGCACCUGAAAAGCGAGAAGCCCCAGACUAAACUGCUCAUCCUUCAUCAGGCUGUGGCUGUCAUACUUAACCUGGAGCACCAAGUCAGAGAGCGGAAUCUGAACCCCAAAGCAGCUUGCCUUAAGAGAAGGGAGCAGGAGAAAAUGUCCGGGGGUUCCGGUGACGCCCAGCAAGCCAACACAGGGCUCCAUCCAGGCCUGACUGACGCAUCUAACCCCAUGGGCCACCUCUGAGCAGCAGACAGAUCAAAUCGAUCCACAUCAUUUCUGUCCCGCUUUGAGUCGGUGACCUUGCUUCCCAGUGACAGACAGGACUCACAGUUUGUAACACCAAUCGAAGGAGACAGACCACUUGAAGCAAAUCUACGAGACUGACACAAUCGAAUCCAAAAAGAUUGAAGAAGAGCCAAGCGUCCAGCUCCCUGUGACCAGUUUCCAUCUGCAAAUUUCUCCCCACCUCAAAGAUAAAAAUCCUCAGCACAUAUCACUGUCUGCAAGAAGAACAAUCCGAGACUUCGCGAUCUCCUCCAACCGUUAGUGGAAAUUGCCUUGUGCCUAAACUGAAUUGACGAAUGCAUUGUAACAGCAACUGUUUUUGUUUGUCUGUUUCUUUUUUUUCUAUUUAUUAUGUUAUUGAGCUAUAAAGUGUACGUCUAAAGGGAAAGUUGAGCAAAUUCGAAGAGAAGUAUGGUGAUUUUCAGUUGAUCUGCAGUUUGCCAGGGUCACCAUUAAUACUGAGCACUCCACCCUGGUAAAUAUUUGGCGAGUCCGAGAUGAGGGGAAAAUAUUUAGGCACUGAGAAGAUUAAUUUAUUGGCCAGUUGAGAGGGAUAUUUAUACCCAACUGAAAAUUAUCAUUAGUUAGAAAUGAAGACGCACGCGCCCCAUUUAAAAAAAAGGAGGAUUUUAUUUAUAUUUAUAUUUUAUUAAUUCUGCCACUGGCCACAUGUGUUACCAAAACUACCUAUGAUUGUUUCUGUGUAGUUUAGAUCUGUUUCUGUGCUGCUAACCAGCAGAAUAAUUGGCCCGACUACGUAAGCAUAAACAAUAUUGUCUAAAAGGUGACGGAUGGCGGAUGGCAAACUCAAGGUUUACUGAAAGCUCAGAUGUAGGCGUGUUCUUCUUCCUUGGUAGUGAACAGUGAAAAUAAAGUGAGCAAACUAUUUGCAAACCUUAGCAUUCCCUGCAUAUUGUUAGUGUCUUAACUAAAAGAAAGGGGACUUCUUUCCCCGUCGCUUUGCCAUAUAGUGUUAAACGUAAGCCGUGACAUAUUUUAGCAGAUUCUUGUCUUUGUUCAGCCUCAUUUACAUGCUCCUGACGUCAGCACUGAUUUGGCUUGUUUUUGUCAUUUUCCUGCCGCCAGCUAAUCAGAUUAGUUUAAAAUGAAAAAACCAACGACGACCACACUUUCUCGUGGCCUGAUGAACACGUCACUUAUUUUUCUUUCUGUUAAUAUUUCAAGACCCUACAGUUCAAAUGCAGUUAUUCAGUAAAAUUGUAUUGAUGCGUAUUUGUCUUGUUGCAAGUUAUGUCUUAAGGCUUCCAGCAUUAUGAUGUCCAGUUUCAGUGGAGAGAACGUUUUCAUUUAUGUUUUCAUCAAACAUACAAUAAGCCAGACUAGAUAUUUAUAUGCAUUUUGUUGAAUAUCAUGGAACCGUAGCACAAUAAUGAACAUCGUUCAUAUCUUUAAUUUGUUUUCCUAUCUGGGUGCAUGCUUUAUGUUUGUCUUUGGUCUUAAGACUUGCUUUAUAUUCCAUUUAUUCCUUUGUAUAUUGUCUUCUAUCAUUAUCUACACCAUAAACAAGGUUGCCACAUUCAGAAUUAAUAUUCUGUACAAAAAA